AUGGUUCAUUUUUUUAGAUUUUGCCCUUUUAGUAGACCCACUGGAGUUAGGAGAAGUCCUUGGGGUCCUUGGGGUUGUUCAUCUCUUCUUGCUUCCCAAGGAAGAGCGCGGCAGUAUCAAAAGUGAGUCCUUGGGGUUGUUCCGUCUCGCCCUCCUCGUCUGCCUGGAGACUCGGAGAGAGGGAGAGAGAGGGGGAGAGGAUAUCAGGAUGGCGGCUGCUUUGAUGGUUCUGAGAAAGUCGAGGUCGAUCCGGGCUGCUACACUAGUAGGCACUUCUCUUGAGCGGCUCCUGCCUGCCGAAACCGCCGGGGGGGAGCUGAUCUUCCCGAGAGCCCAGCCGAACGCUUACUUCCGCAACGUCGCCGCUCCCUCCCUCGUCCGCCACUACCGCGGCAACCGCGAGGAUUCCGCCUCCAGGUAUCCCUCCCGUCCCCUUCUCUCCCAGUUCACGGUGCUGUUUUGUUCAUUCGAUUGUGUGUUUUCCCCUCCCUCGUGAGGGCUGAGUGGGGCUUUUUGUGCAAGAUUCGAGCACCAGCCGACGCCGCCGACCAACUGGGGGAUCCGCAUUGUGCCUGAGAAGAAAGCAUUUGUGGUGGAGAGGUUCGGCAAGUACUCCAAGACGCUUGGCUCGGGCAUCCACUUAUUAAUCCCUAUGGUUGACCGCAUUGCAUAUGUCCAUUCCCUCAAGGAGGAAGCCAUACCCAUUCCCGAUCAGUCUGCCAUCACUAAGGACAACGUCAGCAUCCUAAUCGAUGGCGUCCUCUACGUCAAGGCAUUUACUCUCUCUCUCUCUCUCUCUCUCUCUCUCCCCCAUACAUUCUUUUUUAUUUUUAGAGAUCGUAUACUCUAUUCGAAAGUUUGAUAAACUAUUGUUUUGGACGUUUGAUUGGUUGUGGCAGAUUGUUGAUCCGUUCUUGGCAUCUUAUGGUGUGGAGAAUCCCAUCUUUGCAGUAAUCAAGCUUGCCCAGACUACCAUGAGGAGUGAGCUGGGGAAGAUCACGCUGGACAAGACCUUCUCAGAGAGAGAUACUCUUAAUGAGAACAUUGUGGUUAGUACUCCUUCCCUAUUUGUACUUGAUAUAAUUAAAUGUGUCACAUAGAAUGAGACUUAAUGUUCUGCAUCUGGAAUAUACUCCCUAGAUCUCAGUGAUCAUGGCGCUAGGUUCUUUGUGGUUAAUUAGUGGGAUAUAAAACGUCAGGGAUCAAGCUACCAUUCUUACUAUCUAGAGAUCAUGUACUCUAGACUGUCCUAAGUUAGUGUCUUUCAUGGAAUUAAGUGAUAUCAGACUGCUUCCACUUUUCAUGAAAUCAGGCGUCCUGGAAACUUAUUGGUCAUUCACUUAAUUCUGCACAAGAGCCAAAUGUUUCCAAUGGAAAUCAAAGAUGGCUAUCAAAGUUCACCCUAAAGUCAUAACAUUUAGUCAUAUUUCAUUUAUGUAGAAUGUAAAUUCUGCCUGGGAUUUUUAUUGUAGCAAAAAGAGAGAAAACGUGUGGCAGAAGAACCGAGGUCAGUAACUUCGUGGACACAGUUAUAACUUUUCUCCACGGCAAAUGCAUGUUGUCAUUUAGUUCACUGUUAUUCAAACUAGGCUGAUAGUAAUUGCACCUUAGAAGAAGUUUGGGCUAUUAGCAUAUUGUUGAUGAUAUUUUUUAUUUUUUGUUUCACAAAAAAAUGUCACCUUCAUAAAGCAAUCAAGUUAACUAAGAAUCUCAUAUCAUAAAUCUAUUUGAGUUUGACAAUAUUAGAACUUUUCAUUUGGAAUAGUUUGAUAUUCCUCCAUAAUAUGAAGUUUUUGUUUGCCUGCAGAAAGCAAUUAAUGAAGCUGCUACUGAUUGGGGGCUGCAGUGCUUACGCUAUGAGAUAAGUAGGUCCUCCUCUCGUCUUUUUGGUUUGAUUGAAAGCAUAGUGCCUUUUACUUGUGUCAUUGACCAUUUGAAUUUUUUGUGCAGGGGACAUUUCUCCUCCUCCGGGUGUUAAGGCAGCGAUGGAGAUGCAAGCAGAAGCAGAACGUAGAAAACGGGCCCAGGUUCUUGAGUCUGAAGGUGACUUUUCUUUAUCAACUCUAUGAUGCACUUACAAUCAAAAAGUGCUACUUUUCCCAUUUCCCAGAUAUAUAUGGGCAUUUGUUAUGGGUAGAUACAUUCUCUCUUCUCUGGAUUAUUUUUUUUGUAACUGGAACACGGUUUUCCAGGAGAGCGGCAGUCAAAUAUCAAUAUUGCUGAUGGUAAGAAAAGUGCUGUGAUCUUGGAGUCAGAAGCUGCCAUGAUGGAUCAAGUGAAUAGAGCCAAAGGUAAUUUUCCUAUUCUUUUUUGUUCUUUCGAUGUUGUCUCACAAUCUUUCCUUUUGUAAUUUUUACCCCUUAUUUUCUCUUAUCAUCAACGAAAAUCUUAAAAAAAACAACUGAGUCUGGUUGAAGUAAAGAGGGAGCAGGAAAGGACGCCAUUUGACUUUUGCACAUGAGUGGUGGGUUUGGUUCUGUAACAGAAUGGAAAUGAAUUGGACUGCGAAUCCUGGAAUGAGGGUUUGACCCAUUGGGCCUCAGGGAGAGGUGGGUAGUGCAGAUCAGUUUGCACCCACCCCCCCUGAAACCAGAGGGAAACUGGUAUGAUGGAUUGUUAAAUGUUGCUCGAUCUAUGCUUUCCAAAAGCAAUGUAAUUGCUUGAAAUCGAGCGAUUUCAGGAGUUUGAUACCCCUUAUGGGUGAAGACUCAUGCGUCCUCAAAAACUCUAUCCCAGCUCUCAACCAGCUUAAAAGACGAGUUGCUUCCCUCAUUCAGUCCCUUCUUUGCAUCUGCUUCAACCUCCUCACAUGCUCCUGCUUUCUCCAUCUCUGCCUAUGCCUCCAGGGAUUGAUCCAAGUUGAUCUCUUUAUAUGGAAUCAUUGAUAAAAAUUCAUUGCUUAAACUAUCAUUAGCUUUUUCCUUGUUAGAGCUCUUGAUUUGGCGCGCCCCUGUCCUGAGAACACGUUUAUGGUAUGAUAAUAAUUUCUCCAUCUCUCGAUUUUGGAUCGAAUGAUUUUCCUUCUUUUGACAUCCUCAGUUUUCGUGUCUUUUAUUUCCAUCAUGUCAUUAUAUUCAUCAUAUUCAUCUUGCCCCUUGUUUUAUUAAUGUUUAUUCAACGUUAUCUUAUCUUUGUUAUGUCCUUCAUAGUCAACCCAGCUCAUAGUAUUUUAUGUCCAACUAUCCUUCCGUUCAAGUUUAAACUACAUUCAUCUUUAUCUCUCGUCUUCAUAUUUGUUUUGGCUUAUUUAUUGAUGUUCUUGUGAUGUUUAUCUUGUCGUUCAUUGUAAUGUAUUGUGCUUUCAUGCUUCGCUCGUUCAUACAUUAUAUUCAUCAUAACCAACAUUUCAUUUGAGAGUAAAAUGUUGAUAAAGCAUAAAAGCUAAGCCAGUCAUGAUGGCAUAGUUAUUUCAUCGUUUCUUUUCCCAAAGCCACGAGUUAUCUCAUUACUCACUUGCCUAUUUUUUCAUUCCAAUCUUAUGUUUUUUGUAUCUUCAUAAGCUAUAUUAACUAAUCAAGACCUUUCCUAAUUUUACAGUAGACUAAUUGCACUAUCCGUCUCCUUUGUUCUUAAGUUCGUUGAGUCACUCCGUCCACUAAUUUUCCUGUAGUAAUCCUGGCCAUUUCUAUUCUACAAGGUUUCUCGUACUCCUGUAGUUGAGGAAAAUAGAGACUUGAAUUGAAGACAGCAUCCCUCAGCCACUUGUGAACAGUUGGGCUGUAAUAUGCCUAAUUAUGUUGUAUUUUUGGCACUCCAUAUCCCUAUUUCUUAGCCAGACUCCUAGGCCUAUCAUGACCCUUAUCGGACUUCUGCUCAUCCUCUUAUUUAAAUGGUGUGCCCACAUCCCCUGAUUCCAAGUGAGAAAUCAAUGUGGGCUUGCCUUACCGGUGUGGUUUUGCCUUCUAAAAUUUGCCUCUGAGAGAUUCUAGGUUAAAAUACAUGGGUAAUCUUUUGUUUUUCUAUGUCCUUACUCAUUGGCAUAUCUAUGUGCAUAUGUCUGGCUCCAUCUAAUAAAUAAUACAUUGAAGACAUGCUCUUUGGUUUGGUAUCAUGAUUCAUUUAUUAUAGUAUGUCUGUCUUGGCAAGGCAAACAUUGCCGCAUUACAGGAUGCCUGUCUGGGUUGAGGUUCAGUAAUUGUGAUGGUGCUUACAUUUGCGUUACAUUUGCAUGAACAGUUCAAGAGACUGCGGUUUUGUUGUUUCAUUCUCUAUUUCAUCAUCACGUGAUGUUCAUAGACCUGCCACUUUCAUCCUUUAGACUCCGUAGCCCUUAAAAUAUUUUGAGACUCCAUAGUCUUUCAUUCUUUAGACUUUUUGUGCUGUGGAGUUAGACUGGGCCUUUUGGGUUUUAUGCUGCUGGGAGUUGGUGUUAUGAGGCUUCUGCCAUUUCCUUUAGGAUCAAGCUUGAUUCUGGGGUUCUUGAAGUUGGGAUGAAGGGCACUAAAGAAGGGGAAAAACAGAAAAAUGCUGGUUGCAAGAACUUUGACAAUCCAGUUGGGAAAGAGGAGGAAUAUAAAAUAGGCGAACAAAUAUGAGAGAUAAUUUCAGUGGUGAUUGGCUUCCAAGUGGUUUCAGCUGCUAUAGAAAUAAACAAUGAUGGUUCUUUUAAAGAAUUCUAGUCUGGGACUGCCUAGAAAAAGGAUUCGGUACAUAAAAAGUUCAGGCCUCAAAGUAAGCAUGCGGUUUUCAAGUUUCAGCAUUGUCAUGAGGCACUGCGCACAGGUCCAGGUUAAUUCAUCGAUCAACAACAGCAAGGAUUAUGCUGCAGUUUCUUCUGCCAUCUCAGUCAAACUUUGGCUUCUUGAGUCUGUUGUGAUUUUCUUAUUGGCAUCAUCACCACUAAAUGAUCAUGACACUACAACAACCAUGGCUUGAGCUGUCGAUCUUCUUUAGUUAUGUUUGCAUGUUCUUCACAUGCCUUCUUAGUUUCUGAACCAUAGGGAGGGCUUCUUGGAACAGACCAUCACUUUUAAUGUGGCUGCAUUGUGCAGCGGUUUUUCCACCGUAUCAAUGACUACAGGUAAUGAUUCCAUUUGCCACUACGUGCAGUAAUCUCAAGUACCAUACAAAGUUAUAUUUCCUUUAGAUGGGUCUAAAAUUGGGCUAAUCAUCCUCUGUGAAUUUUUAAAUUCUUCUGGAGAGUAAAUCAGUGUUAUGGUAGAAUCUUCCUGCAUAUUAAAGCUAUAUGAGUUUGACGCUGGUUAGAAGAGCCCUGGUUGUGGAGAUAAAAGAAGCACCGUAGACUACGAUGAAAGGAAGUCCCUCUAUUGUCACUUUUUCUUAGUCAUUUGCUCUUGAAAACUGGCUGAGCAUCAUUACUUGACCCAUUAAUCUUGACUGAGCACAUUGCAUUCAUGGAAUAUCCAUGGAGAAGAUAUUGCUUGUCGUUUUCUUAUGUUAUGAAGAAAGUGCGCAGAUAGUGAAGGGAACGCCAGAGGCCUUCUCUCAGACUUUUGAGGGCAAUAGAACUGCGACGUUGGUUGGAUCCCAUAUUACUGUGAUUUAUUCAUCCUCUGUGAUGACAGUGAAGUGACCUUGGGAACUUGGGCUUCUUGUCAGAUGCUAAAUUGAUGUGUUUGGAGACGGUCUACAUAUCAUCACUCUAUGGAAACUAUACGAGGGCUCUGUCUCUGUCUCUGUCUCUCUCUUAGUGUGUCUCUUCUCCCUACUCAUGAACGACUACGGUCAUGCUUGGAGUUGACCAAUUCCUUCCAUGUUCUAAAUUCACCAGCUUCUCUUUCAUCAAAAUUCUGUGCACUUGCCUUUUCCCUUCUGAACAUGAAUCUUUCAGCCUGUCCAUUGCCACUAUCGAAUAGAAAGUGGUAGGCAGUCCUCUGUGCACACUUGAGCAAUCUUUCAACACUCUUUUCUUGUGAUCUAUCAGGAGAAGCCGAAGCUAUUCUUGCCAAGUCACAGGCCACCGCAGAGGGUCUUAAACUGCUGUCAGAAGCCAUAAAACAGCAUGGAGGAUGCGAGGUAUGCUGUAAAACCUUGCCUUGCAUUCUGGUCAAGUACAUUUUUGGAAACUAAGUUAAACUACGCUGCUAUUUUUUUAAUGAAGAGAAGUCGGUUAUUUUACACUUUGGAAAUUACGCAGUUAUUUUUAGAAUAUUCGUUUUAUUGCUCUCAAUGUCAACUUCAUCUCCCUGACAGGCUGCGAGUUUGAGAAUUGCAGAGCAGUAUAUUAGGGCGUUUGGAAAUAUUGCCAAGGAGGUAAUGAAUCCUUUUACCAUAGGCUAGAACAAGCCAUUGGCCAACGCCAGUAUAUAAAACAAUUGAUAUUUAAUGGUCGCCCUCCCAUCUAUCUUACCACUCUGUUUCCUUAACAGGGCACUACUCUGUUGCUCCCUAGUCCGGCUGGGCAUCCUUCUGCUAUGGUUGCUCAGGCGCUGUCCAUCUACAAGAGCCUUGUCGGCCCUGGCCUUGGCGGCGGCCCAGGGGCAUUGCCCCAGUCUGAGAGUUCAGAUGACAGCAGAGGCGAGAGAUCAGAGGUGCCAGUGGGAAGCCAGAGCCAGUCAUUUGGUUCCUUUAAUGCUUCCGCUGAUGAGGGAAGGGUUUUCUCUCUCCAGAGCCCCAUCAACAAGAGUCAAAAUUAG